CGAAUCGAAUGUCAAACGCACACGUUGAACGUGUCUGUUAUAUCUGAUUAAAUUAUUUUCCUCUUUUGAAAUUGAAACAAUUUUUUUAUAUUUUGUUCUGUUCUCAAUUGUCUGCCUGUGUUCAAGACAUAUCAGUAUGAAAUCAUCGAGUAAUGUGUUCGGUUAAAAGCGACCAGAUAAGCCAAAGUUUUGGUAGAAAUUUCUAAUUGUAAUUAUUGUGUUCAAGUGGGUGAGCGGUCAAUCACAAACAACUUUUUUUUAGAAGAAUUAUUAGUUAAAUUGUAAUCAACUAAUCACUGUUUGCAAAUUUACUUUUUAAUUGGUUUUUUAACGGCCACCACCAAUUUUUUUUUGUCACUGUCGUGUUGUUAUGUUGUUGAAGUAAAAUGUGAAUUUAAACUCGGAAGUUAAACCGAAAAUUUUAUGAAAGAAAAAUCAAGUUGAAAUCGCUGUGUGAUCGGGGUAAAUUAUUACCAAGGCCUCUUAUAAAUGGCAUAGAAUAUAGUGAUCCACUAAAUUGUUUGUUUUGUACGUCAAAGAAGUAAAAGUUUGUGUCAAUAAUAAAACCGAAAAAAUAUUGGGGAGGGUGAAGAUAAUUCUGUCAAAAUUAUUUAAUGAAAUGUGUAAAAUACUCCGUGAACCGAAACCACUAAACGCGACAUUUUUUUCACAUUUGUUUCGCGGAUAAUUUUUUUUUGUUCAAAUUCCCCACACACUAACGAAAUCAUGGCCGACACAUGCACAGCAAAAUCAAACUCAAAUCGUCAUUCUACAAACAAUGACGUAACACCAACAAAACGACUACCCCAACACAAAGUGGAGCCAAGCACAUCGUCGGGUGAAAAAGUGGGUGGUAGUUCAUCGAUCGACUGUUGUACGGAUCCGUAUAGUUGUAUGACAUUGUACGAUAUUCUAAAGUCCUUCAAUGCUCCGGUUUCGGAAGAACAGAUGUGGGCGUUGAUUUACCAAUCUGUGAAAUUGUACCGGGAUGCCUUACAGCAUAGUGAUUAUAGUUUUAAGGAUUUGAGAGCGCCUGCAUCAACACACAAUUUAAAUAUACACAAGGAUGGCAGUGUUCAUAUCAGCUUUGGUUCGAAUGAUCCUGGAGAUACACUGUCGACAACCUCACAAAAACAAAUUCUCUUCCAAAUCGGCCUUGUCGUUUACGAAGCUUGGGACUAUAACCUGUCCGAAAACAAUACCGUCUCAAUGUCCUGUGAUUUGGAGCAGCUGAUAAGCAAAAUGACAUUAGAAGAUGUGGACGAUGAAGGCAUAGAAAGGGAUUCUGAUGAUGUAGAAGACUAUAAGAGUAGACAUACCAAAGACCUGGAUCAUAUAUUAGAUUUUUGCACUCCUAGAGUACAGCCGACCAAUCCGAAUGAACACUACAAAGCUGUCUGCAGAGCAUUAGCUACCGAGACCUGUGAAUUGAGAGCAUUUCUACAAACAGUUUAUCACGGCGAAACCGAUCAUCUGCGACUGAAUGCUGAUGUUGAAACAUCCAAAUUUGAACUACAGAAAUUGGAAUUUGCUGAUUGGGCUCGAUUUUGGAUGCAAGUUGUUGACGAGUUGAGGAGAGGCGUAAGACUAAAAAAGCAUGAUUUGACUCGACCAUCGAUUGAAUUUCAGAUGACUCCAUAUGAGGCUCUAAUGCAGGAUAUCCGAAACAGAAAAUACAAUCUUCGUAAGGUCAUGGUUAAUGGUGAUGUACCGCCGAAAGUAAAGAAAGAUGCACAUGCGCUCAUUUUAGAAUUUAUUAGGUCACGACCGCCGUUGAAAAAGGCAUCAGAUCGAACAUUACCACCUGCACGAUGGAAUCCGACGCCACGGGAAAAUUUAUUGGAAUCGAUUCGAGAUUAUCGGAAGAACAAAAAACUGAAACAAAUCAGCCCAAGAGUACAAGCCAAAUCAUUACCGCCUUCACAAGGAGAUGUAACAAAAAUCUCAGACCAAAAACAUUCGAAUCCUAAAGCACAAGACACGACGACAAAGCAGCGACUAAUCCAUGUCGACUACGACUUAUUUAAGGAUAUCGAUCAGUUAGACGAAUCGGGAACAUCCUCUCUGCAAUCAAACCAGUCAUUUUACAGCGAAAGCCCUAAUCAGUAUCAAAUAUUUAAUAAUGAUGAAAACAAUCCGAAUGAUAUUAAUACGGCGGUUGUACAUCGUCGCAAAAAAGAACCUAUAACUCAAGAUGAUUAUCAUCAGUUUUGUGACUAUGCACUUGAAUCCUACGAUCUAGCCACGCAAUGUGAAUCACGGCGAGCUUCAUUGAGACGCCACACAAUUGUCGGCUGCCACAGCAAUCCAAGCAAUCCAAUGGAAUGCCAAUCAACACCCUCAUCUCGACCAGAAUCACGUCACUCGGAAAUUUCCACCACGGCCACAAUGAAUCCGCUAAAUCCGCACAAUCCAAUGACUGCUGCUACAAUCGACGAAUGGAUCAAAGACUCUGUAGAAUCGUUGAACGAACAGGAAUGGAAAGAAACGGUUGGAGUAAGUGAUCGACUGGCACUGACAUUAGAAGAAAUUGUGCACAUCCGUUCUGUUAUGACAAAGGCAGAAUUAGAAGGUUUGCCGGUUGGAAUUAGAGUUAAGGAAGAUGUUGAACGGCGGAAAGUUUGUUUUCUCUGUUUGCGGACAAGGUUUACCAUAUUCGGACAGUGGGGCGUAAAAUGCAAACUUUGUCAAAGAACAGUGUGUUCGAAGUGUUAUUCAAAGAUGCGAAUACCAACAGAACAUUUUAGAAAUGUGCCGGUUGUUUUGCUAUCACCUUCUCUUAUGACUACACCCGUCACUUCGACAGCUCCAUCGCCCAGUCAUCACGCUCAUCUUCCACCUAACGGUUCAGCAAAUGUUUUUGACGAUGCCUUCCCGAGGUCGCUAUUGGAACGGCUUAUGCGAACUGAAACUCAAUCCAAGGGUCGUCAGACAAUCGCCAGCGUUCCAUCAUCACCAAAAUAUUCAUCUUCCUGCACACCUAGCCACGCGCAAGUAAACGGCACCACCAACAAAAUGACAUGUUCAAUGGGCGGUCUAAUUGAUUCGAAUCCAUCGAAUAGCGGACUGGAUUCAGUAGACAGCACAAAUAGUAAUCGAAAUUCAAUAAUGUCUCGCAGUAUGGAAGGACCUCAUAGUCUACCGCCACAGAGUCCAGCUAGACCGUAUUCAACCAACAGCACAUUAGAUAGAAGAAAUCGCUUCUCCCGUGCAUUCACCCAACAAUCGGGCGUUGCUAGCAAUAUCGACCAUAAAGAUCUUAUGCGUGGCGAAAUGAUGGAUGUGUGCAAUGAUUGUAAAGGUUUGGUGUACGAAAUAAUUCGUUCGUCCAAGCAAACGCGAUCGUCGGCUCGUAACAAAGCUCUUCGAAAUUUAACGUUGGAUCUGUCGCCCGUUUACAAACGAUGGUAGUUAUGGAUAUCUGCCGCGUUCAAAUUUACGUUUCGUUAUGCAGGCAAUUCAUUGUUUUUCUUAAUUUUAUGGAAGAUAAAUUCUUUUUUGAUAUUUAAGUACAGUAGCUGCAAGCGAAUCAUGCAUUUUAUUUCGUUAAGUUUAUU